AUCAAAUUUAAUCGAAGAAGAAGAGAAGCAUUUGCAAACUAUUAUACACAAUUUUCACGUGAAUUAAAUAGGAAAAAACAAAUAUUAUGGAUACUUCAAGUAGUGAAUUCAGCGAAAAGCCGGCUGCACAUGAGCAUCAGCCACGUCUGAAUGAAGUGGCUCAGAAAUUUCUGGCAGAUUUAGAUGAGGAACGCCAGCGUCUCUCAGCCGAGUUUCCAUUGUGCGCUUUGCUCAUCGAUGAAGCCGUGGAUCGUGUUUAUUGCACUGGUCGCAUACCUGGACGUGAGUUUUAUGCCGAUGUUUACAAACAGAAGCCAAUGAAAAUCACACAAAAAGUCUUUGUGCCCGUCAAGCAAUAUCCCAAGUUCAACUUUACUGGUAAAAUAUUGGGGCCCAAGGGCAACUCGCUGCGUCGCCUGCAGGAUGAAACGCAAUGCAAGAUUGCCAUUAAAGGACGCAGCUCGAUACGCGAUCGCAGCAAAGAGGAGCAGCUGCGCAAUUCUGGCGAUCCACGCUAUGCUCAUCUGCAAAAGGAUUUGUUCCUCGAGGUGAGCACGGUGGCGACACCAGCGGAGUGUUAUGCGCGCAUCGCAUACGCCCUGGCCGAGAUCCGUAAGUAUCUAAUUCCAGACAAGAACGACGAGGUCUCUCACGAACAGUUGCGCGAACUGAUGGAAAUGGAUCCCGAGUCAGCCAAGAAUAUACAUGGGCCCAAUUUGGAGGCAUACAGAUCCGUUUUCGAUAAGAAAUUCGGUGGUGGGAGCAGCGGUGCACCGAAAUACUUGAAUCUUAUCAAGAGAACAGCGGAAAAUCCGCCCGAAGCUGAGGAGUCUGAAGAGGUGGCCUACGAGUACGAUCAUCGGAUGCCCAAGCGUGGAGCACCAUCAGGAUAUGAAUACAACAAACCACGCCCAUCAAUAAUACCAACAAACGCAGCCGCAUAUAAACGACCUCAGCCAUACCAAACUGACAUGAAACGUAUGCGCGAACCACCCAUCAAGUCUUAUAAACCGAAUACGUACACCAUUCUAAAAAAGUAUAAAUAACACUAUAAAUGCUCUUAAGAAAUAAUAAGAUGAAAAAUAUAUAUAUACUUAAAUAUAUAUAUAAAUGAACAAGUAAAGACGAUGUAAUAGUUACAGCCAACCUCUUAAGAAUAUGAUUAAUUGGAAAAUCAAGCAAACGUUUCAAUUUGUUUGGACCUUGGGUGGAAACAUAUUUGGAAAUUACCAAUGCCCAAUGCUAAAUAAAUAUGAAAAAUAAUCUAUAUAUAUACAUAAAAGUUUAAAAAGAAAAGAAAAAAAACAUAUUUAUAAAAAAUUUCAAUUUAAUUAAAUUAUAAUGUUUACGCGUUAUCACAGAACCUGUAAGUUUUGUGUGGUGAGCAGCCAUACUUUCAGAUACUUUUAACCUACUAUUGUGCAGUUAAAUAAAUAAUAGAAAUUAUAAAUUGAAACUAAAAACUAAAAGUCGCAUAUAAAAUUCGAUUAUAAUAGAACUUAAAUAACGCCUUCAAGAUGAGAUUGUUACUAGCAAUAGACAGACUAUAUAUAAAACAAAUAAAAUAUAUACAACGAUGACACUGGCAAUCGAUAAGUACAGUCUCACAUUGUUUAUAAAGCAAUAAAUUUGGAUCAAUUCACAUUUAUUGAAUAUCAAUUAAAAAUCUAAAGUUUAUAACAAAAAAAUAUGCGCAUAUUAUACAAUAAGAUAAUAAAAAUACAAAAUAAAUUUAUAAAUUACUUAAAGUUGAAUAAAUAAAUAAUAUUAUCAG